GCUCACCCCUCCUAGUCUCCCCGCCACUUUCAUCCUUCCUUCACCUUUUCUUUUUAAUUUCCAGUUCGUUAUUGACCGUUAAGACCUCACCGUUCAUCGAAACCCAGGUUUUGUAUCUACAUAUCUGUUGAAAGGAGAAUGUCAGAAGGAACGAGUUUGGUGAUGGAAACUUCUGAAAAUGGCACUGACUUAUCUCAAGAUGAUACUGGCACCAUAGAGGAAACACCUGAAGACACAAUACUCUUGCACCAAACUUCUGUGAAUCUUGUUCCAUUUAUUGGCCAGCGAUUUGUAUCACAAGAUGCUGCUUAUGAAUUUUAUUGCAGUUUUGCUAAGCAAUGUGGCUUUUCAAUAAGACGCCACCGCACUAGAGGGAAGGAUGGGGUUGGUCGAGGGGUUACAAGAAGGGAUUUCACCUGUCAUCGUGGUGGAUAUCCACAGGUGAAGCCUGAAGAUGGGAAGUUGCAGAGGAAUCGCAAGUCAUCACGCUGUGGUUGUCUAGCAUACAUGCGGAUUGUUAAGCGGGCAGAAUUUGAUGUCCCUGAAUGGCGUGUUACAGGCUUUAGCAAUAUCCACAACCAUGAACUUUUGAAAACAAAUGAAGCUCGUCUUCCUCCUGCCUACUGCACCCUAACUCCAGAUGACAAGGCAAGGAUUUGCAUGUUUGCAAAAGCUGGAAUGUCAGUAAGGCAAAUGUUAAGGUUAAUGGAACUAGAGAAAGGUGUUAAGCUAGGCUGUUUACCAUUUUCAGAAAUAGAUGUGAGAAACCUGCUACAGUCAUUCAGAAAUGUCAAUCGUGAUUAUGAUGCCAUUGAUCUUAUUGCAAUGUGCAAGAAACUUAAGGAUGAGAACCCUAACUUUCACUAUGACUUCAAAUUAGAUGGCCAUAACAAGCUGGAGCAUAUUGCCUGGUCCUAUGCUUCAGCCAUUCAGUUGUAUGAGGCAUUUGGAGAUGCUGUGGUUUUUGAUACAACCCACCGCCUGGAGUCUUAUGAUAUGUUGUUAGGUGUCUUCCUUGGAGUGGACAAUCAUGGAGUGACCUCAUGUUUUGGCUGUGUGCUUCUACGGGAUGAAAGUGUGCCGUCGUUUUCCUGGGCAUUGAAGACAUUUCUAAGCUUCAUGAAAGGAAAGACUCCACAGACUAUAUUAACUGACCAAAAUGCGUGUCUGAAAGAGGCUGUUGCCAUUGAAAUCCCUGGAACACAGCAUGCAUUUUGUAUAUCACAUAUCAUGGCAAAGUUCUCAGAUUGGUUCUCUGUGCUGCUUGGCUCACGUUAUGAUGCUUGGAAAUCUGAUUUCUAUCGACUUUAUGGUUUGGAAUUUGAGGAAGAUUUUGAAGAUGAAUGGAGGGGAAUGAUUGAUAGAUAUGGACUCCAUGAAAAUAAGCACAUCAUCAGCUUAUAUGCAUUGCGUUAUUUUUGGGCCUUGCCAUUCUUGAGGCGUUACUUUUUUGCAGGGUUGAUGAGUCCAUGUCAGAGAGAGGCAAUUAAUGCUUUCAUCCAGCGAAUUUUGAGUGCACAGUCUCAACCAGAUCACUUUGUAGAGCAAGUGGCUGAGAUUGUUGAGUUCAAUGAUCGGACUGGUUCUAAACAAAAUAUGCAACAGAAACAGCAGAAAGUCUGUCUCAAAACAGGCUCACCAAUUGAAUCUCAUGCUGCCAGUGUUCUUACACCAUUUGCUUUCAGUAAACUACAAGAAGAACUUCAGUUGGCUCCACAAUAUGCAUCGCUUCUCAUAGAUGAAGGUUGUUUCGAGGUGAAACACCAUACCCAGAUGGAUGGUGGGUACAAAGUAAUUUGGGUUCCUUGUGAAGAGCUCAUUAGCUGCAGCUGCCAUCAGUUUGAGUUUUCUGGCAUCCUUUGCGGGCAUGUGCUCCGAGUCUUGUCAAGCAAUAAUUGUUUCCACAUUCCAGAACAAUAUCUGCCAACCCGUUGGCGCAUCAAUGGUUCAUCUUGCACAAACCCCUUAAGGAAUACUACAAGAGAGCAAUCUGACAAGAUUCAGUUGUUAGAGUCCAUGGCUUCAACACUCAUGGCAGAAUCGAUUGAAACAGAGGAACGCCUUGAUGCUGCUUGUGAGCAGAUAGCUAUGGUAUUAUCCCGUAUCAAAGACCUUCCGAGGCCAACCACAUAUGCCAAUGAUAUGGUCUACAACUGUCCAUCUGAUUUGAUUCUGCCAGAAGUGGAAGACACUGAUGGAAUGGUUCAGAGUUUCACAAUUGGGAAUUCUCAGGAGCCUCUUUCUCUAGGAAAGCUGAAGGAGAAAAGGUCAAGAGAUGGACUUGACAUUACUCGAAAGCGGAGGCACUAUUCUGGUUCUAGCUUUGCCCAGUUUGGACAUGAUUCACCAGAUUGUCCAAUAAUUGGAGGUGAUAGCUUGAAUGGAGAUACUCUAGGAUACUUGUAGAAUGUGACUUAGAAGACAACAGUAUUCAUAAUAGAAUUGCUAUUCUUAUAUGUUCCUUAUUUAUGGCCAAAAAAAAAAGGGAAAAAACUUUCCUUGCUAUU